AGGAAUGAUGCUGAUGUUAUUUUUUUAUUUUAAAUUACAGUUGCAAUCAUUAUAAUGAUUAUUAUUAAAUAAACACGUACACACAGUAGAAAGAUGGUUAAACAGUGAACGCAAAACACGCUUAGAACAAACAAAGUUUACGCUUUAUUAAUUCAUAACUUUCUUCAUGUUCUAAUGAAAUUGGCUUCCAAUUUUCUAAAAUAUUUUUAAAGAUGUAUGAAGUAAAACAUUACAUUUUGUUAUUCUUUUUAGCACUAUUAUGUCCUCUUAUUUCGACUAGUGACGGCGAUCGGUCGCCUUUCUAUCAAAAAUGUUUACAAAAGUGCAAAAAUGCCAACUGCACUUCAGAUGGUGUAUUUACUGCUGAGGCAGCAAAAUUGCAGGAUGUGAGUGAUUGGUUGCUGCUUUGGGGUUGUGAAGAUGAGUGCCGCUAUCACUGCAUGUGGCGCACAGUGCAUGGCUACUAUGAGAGGGGAUAUGAGAUACCUAAAUUUCAUGGAAAAUGGCCAUUCCGAAGGAUUCUGGGUGUGCAAGAACCUGCAUCUGCCUUCGCAUCGGUAUUAAACCUCUGGAUACACAUCCAUAUGUAUAAGAAAAUGACAAGGGAAUUCCCUCUAAAGGACACGCCUAUGAUCAUGUUUUGGCAUUGUUUUGCUUGGGUGUGCAUCAACGCGUGGCUCUGGUCGACGGUGUUCCACGCGCGGGAUCUGUUCUUCACCGAGUUCAUGGACUACGCGUGCGCGCUUUCUAUGGUCAUGAGUCUGCUCAUAGCGGCCAUAGCACGAAUGUUGUACAAGCGAGGCCGCGCGAUCGCAGUGGCCCUCAUCUCACUGUUGCUGCUGUACUAUGUGGAGCACGUGCGCUACCUGUACACGGGCAGGAUCGACUACGAUUACAAUAUACAAGUUAACGUGUUCUUUGGCGUGGCGGGUGCGGCGCUGUGGCUGGCGUGGGCGGUGCACGCACUACGGGGUGGGCGGCGCUACGCGUGGCGGCUGGUGCGCUUCACGGCGCUGUCGGGCCUGUUCCUGGCCAUGGAGCUGUGCGACUUCGCGCCGCGCCUCGGCUGGGACGCGCACGCGCUGUGGCACCUCUGCACGGCGCUGCUGCCCGGACUCUUCUACAGGUUCGUGAUGGACGAUCUAACAUACCUACGGGAAUCCAGAGUGAAGACGGAUUUGAAGUUACCUUAGCUGUACUUAUAUACUAGUCAUUAUGUUACUUGUAAUUAAAAAUAAUAUACCAGUGGAACAUAUACUAGAAUUUUAUUAAACCAAAACAGCACGUCACAAUUUUUUCUUUAACAUCGGGCGCACCAAGCUACUAAAAGAAGCGCCACUGACGCGCGCACUCCGUACCCCCAAUGUGAUAGCCGAGAAGACGGAUUUAUUUUGUU